AUGGCCCAGCAGUUCUCCAAGCACGUCCAGAGCAAGAUCAAGAGCUUCUAUGACAACCGUGAGGCCUCCGGCCUCCAGCGGCUGCAAGAGCUGGUGACGGACCUCUACCUCGCCGAGGGGAAGAAGCGCGCGACCACCUGGGGCUACAUCGAGAAGGCCCUCGAAAAGGUCGGCGUCAAGCCCGACCGCAUCGCUCACCUCAAGGCGAAGGACGACCCGCAGCUGCUCGCGAAAGUUGUCGAAGAGCUGAUGGUCGCCGCCGUGCGUUGGGAUUCGAUCGACGAAAAGACGUGGCGGCGUGGGCUAGCGACGGGCGAGCUGCGCGGCGAGAAGUUCGUCAUCACCGACUUCGGCGAUGACUCGACUUGGGCCGACGCUCUCGCCGAUGUCUACCAAGCCUCGACGCAGUUCCCGCGUUCGACGGUCGCCGUGGCGCUGUCGCCCGCCGCAAAGAACCUGUUGCGUGACCUGCGCUCGCAAGGCCGCCUCAGCUUCCGCGAACACGCCGGCCUCGCCGACAUCGAGAACGUCCUCGACUUCACCGACCAAAACCUCCGCGCCCACAUCGACGAGCACAAGCCGUCCGCGAUCGCCCAGCGGCUCGAGCUCGGCUUCCGCCAUAGCUACCUCAAGGAUUUCGUCUACGGCGCCAUCGACGGCGCGGUGACGACAUUCGCCGUCGUAUCGGGCGUCGCCGGCGCGGGCCUCUCGCCGGGGAUCAUCAUCAUCCUCGGCGCGGCCAACCUCGUCGGCGACGGCUUCAGCAUGGCGGCGAGCAACUUCCUCGGCACCCGCGCCGAACAACAGCUCCGCGCCCGCGCCCGCCGGCUCGAAGAAGAGCACAUCGCGCGCUACGAAAAGGGCGAGCGCGAAGAGGUCCGCCAGAUCUUCGCCGCCAAGGGUUUUGAGGGGGCCGACCUCGAGAACGCCGUCCGCGUCAUCACCAGCGACCGCGACCGCUGGGUCGACACCAUGCUCCAAGAAGAGCACGGCCUCCCCCUCUCCAGCCCCUCCGCCUGGCGUGCGGCGUGGACGACGUUCGUCGCCUUCCUCCUGGUCGGCCUCAUCCCGCUGCUCCCCUUCCUCUGGGAGUUUGCCCGGGGCAACGUCUCCAGCAGCCCCUUCCUCGCCAGCACCAUCAUGACCGCGGUCGCCUUCGUCGCCGUCGGCGCCGCCAAGUCCCGCUUCGUCGAUCACCACUGGACCGUCAGCGGCGCCGAAACCCUAGCAGUCGGCGGCGCCGCAGCCGCCCUCGCCUACGUAGCCGGCGUGCUAUUGAAGGGCGUCGUAGGAUAG